GUCUCCGUGAGGGCGGCUGGGAGUUGUAGUCCCCCCGCUACGGACACCGCCCGCUCCAGCCAUGCACGCGCCGGCGGCGGCGGAGCGCAACAAGGGCCCGAUCCUGGAGGUGCUACGGGAAUACGCGGGGUCCGGCACCCACGCGGGACCCGGCGUCCUGAGGGUGCUGGAGGUCGGGGCGGGCGCGGGGCUGCACGCCGCACACUUCGCCCGGGCACUGCCACAGACCCGCUGGCAGCCCUCCGACAUCGACCCCCGGGCGCUGCGCAGCAUCGCCGCCUACGCGGAGGCCAUGCGGGUGCCCAACGUGCUGCCCCCCAUCCUGCUGGACGUCUCGCAGGGCUGGGAGGCGUGGGGGGGCACCCAACCCGCCACCCUCGACCUCCUCGUCAGCAUCAACAUGAUGCACAUUGCGGAGCUGCGGUGCACCGAGGGCCUCUUCAAGGGUGCUGGGGUGCUGCUGAAGCCGGGAGGUGUGCUCUUCACCUACGGGCCCUACGCCGUGGAUGGCCGGAUCAGCCCCCAGAGCAACGUGGACUUUGACCGCAGCCUGAGGCAGAGCAAUCCCGCCUGGGGCCUUCGGGACACGGCGCUGCUGCGGCAGCUGGCCGAGGCCAACGGGCUGCGCCUGGAGAGGAUGGUGGACAUGCCAGCCAACAACAAGAGUCUCAUCUUCCGGAAGCAGUAAUCUGCCCCGGCGGCACCUCCCAGCAUGGCAGCCCCCCCCCCCCCCCCAUUGAUGUCUCCUCAGUGGGUCACAGUGUCCCCUCACCGGUGCCAGCUG